AUGGCCAGACCAGUUCCAAAGACUUUGCAGCAAAGAAAGGCGAAUGCCAAAUUUUACAAAGAUCAAAUGAACAAGAUGGGUAAACCGAAGGCAAAGGAAGAAGCUGGUAUGCCUAUCUCCACCGGUUGGUUUGUAUUGAUUGCUUUCUUGGUUAUCGGUGGUGGUCUUUUAGAAUUAUCCAAACUAUUUUUCUAA